GACAAAGCGUUGCCACGCAAUAAUAAGAAUUCUUCAAAAUGACUGAAUCAUCGGCACACAUAUUUUUCCGAAGAUUUUUCAUAAACUAAACAAUGCCAGAAAUAAAAGUAACGCCAUUAGGUGCGGGUCAAGAUGUUGGAAGAAGUUGUAUACUUGUAUCACUAGGAGGAAAAAAUAUCAUGUUAGAUUGCGGUAUGCACAUGGGAUUCAAUGACGAAAGACGAUUCCCCGAUUUCUCGUAUAUUGUACCAGAAGGACCUGCGACUGGUUACAUAGAUUGCGUUAUUAUUUCUCAUUUUCAUUUGGAUCACUGUGGAGCACUUCCGUACUUUACAGAAAUGGUAGGUUAUACAGGACCAAUUUAUAUGACCCAUCCUACUAAAGCUAUUGCCCCUAUACUUUUAGAAGACAUGAGAAAAGUAGCUGUAGAACGUAAAGGAGAAAGUAACUUUUUUACAUCGCAAAUGAUUAAAGACUGUAUGAAAAAAGUCAUUGCUGUUACCCUCCAUCAAUCGGUCAUGGUAGAUUCAGAAUUAGAAAUAAAAGCGUAUUACGCAGGACACGUUCUUGGUGCAGCUAUGUUUUGGGUACGCGUAGGAUCUCAAUCUAUUGUAUAUACAGGUGAUUACAAUAUGACACCAGAUCGUCAUUUGGGUGCAGCAUGGAUAGAUAAAUGUAGACCGGAUUUAUUAAUAUCAGAAUCCACAUAUGCUACUACAAUCAGAGAUUCUAAAAGAUGUAGGGAAAGAGAUUUUUUGAAAAAGGUUCAUGAAUGCAUUGAUAGAGGUGGGAAGGUUUUAAUUCCUGUAUUUGCUCUUGGUAGAGCUCAAGAACUUUGUAUAUUACUUGAAACAUAUUGGGAAAGAAUGAAUUUAAAAGUACCAGUUUAUUUUGCUUUAGGAUUGACCGAAAAAGCAAACAAUUAUUAUAAAAUGUUUAUCACUUGGACUAAUCAAAAAAUAAAAAAGACCUUUGUACAACGAAACAUGUUUGAUUUUAAGCAUAUAAAACCAUUCGAUAAAUCAUAUAUUGAUAAUCCAGGUGCAAUGGUCGUAUUUGCAACACCAGGAAUGUUACAUGCUGGUUUAUCUUUACAAAUUUUUAAAAAAUGGGCACCAAACGAACUCAAUAUGGUAAUCAUGCCUGGAUUUUGCGUACAAGGUACAGUUGGACGUAAAGUCUUAAAUGGAGCACGUAGAAUAGAAUUUGAAAAUCGUCAAAUAGUCGAAGUUAAAAUGGCUGUGGAAUAUAUGUCUUUUUCCGCGCACGCAGAUGCGAAAGGCAUCAUGCAAUUGAUACAAUACUGUGAACCUAAAAAUGUUAUGUUAGUGCAUGGCGAAUUUGCUAAGAUGGAAUUUUUAAAAGAGAAAAUUAAACAAGAAUUUGGUACAAAUUGUUACAAUCCUGCUAAUGGAGAAACAAUCGCUAUUACAACAACUUCUAAAGUUCCGGUAGAUGCUUCUCUCGCUUUACUAAAAGCAGAAGCAAAAAGAUAUUCUGCUUUGCCACCAGAUCCCAAAAGACGCAGAUUAUUACAUAGUGUUUUAAUGUUGAGAGAGGAUGGCGUUUGUCUGGUCGAUGCAGACGAAGUUGCUAAAGCAGCAGGUAUAACUAAACACGUAGUACGAUUUACUUCUACUGUACAAGUUCGAGAUCCUGGACCAGCACAUUCUACUACUUUGAAAUUGUUGCAACCUCUUAAAGAGAGAUUAGCAGGUUGGACUGUACAAUUGACAGAUGGUUCGAUUUCUGUAGAAUCUGUUUUAGUUAAAGUAGAAGGCGACGAAGAUGAACAAAAAAGUGUUUAUGUUUCUUGGACUAAUCAAGAUGAAGACUUAGGAAGUUAUAUACUGGGAUUUUUGCAAACGAUGUUAAACUGAUAAUGAAUGAUAAUACAAAGAUAUAGGAUUAUAGAAAUGUUGUACAUAUAUCUGUGAUAUUUGAUCUAUUACUCUGAUAUCAUAUUUUUAAUCAAUAGACAUAUAUCUCAUUUAUUAAUCUAAUUUAAUCCUUUCGUUACGGUAGUCUGCUCCGCAGAAGUAACGCCACCAUACGAGGCACCGCGCCGCCGAGCUAACGUUUAGAUCCGGCGCUCGUAUUCACAGGUAUUGGAAAGAGGCCAUCUAAUUCCGGCGCUCGUAACGAAAGGGUUAAACAUCAAUUUUAUUUUCUUAUAUUAUUUUCUUUUUUAGAAUUAAAACAACUAAAAAUGAUAGAUUAUAUAAAGCAGCAAUUUUACAACAAAAAUAUUAUGUAUCAGAAUAAAAAUGAACUAUAUUUUGUAUAUGAUGUUUUUAUUAACUCGAUAUUAAAAAAUUAAUUAAUAAAAAAAUAUUUAAUGGCUUAAGCGGUCACUUAAUUGCACAUAGUUCAUUAACUACAAAAUGAAACUUAUUAUACGCAGUUAAAUUAAUAUUAAAAAAAUAAAUAAUGCACACAAAUGUCAGAUUUAUAAUUACGUGCGUUUAUUUCCAUAUAUAAUAAUAAUAAUCAUUACUUUUUAUAUUACAAUUAAUACCUGAUACACUACCAGGAUUUUUGAACUGAUUAAUUUUAUCGACAUAAUAUUUUAUCCUUCAUAUUGAGAGUAUUUCGUUAUUAAAAUAUUAAUAAAAAUAUAAACGAUAAACAGUUAUUGUUUCUUGACACAAUUACUUUGUUUUUCUCGUGUUUUACUAAUAUUAUGUGGAAGCUACGGUAUAUAAUAAUUCCUAAUAAAAUUAAAACGAUUGAUCUCGUUCUCAAAAUAAUCUACGAGAAAUAGAUUUUAAUUAAUAGAAGAAUACAA